UAUCAGAUCACUAGUCAACCCAACUCAGCUCACAAAGAGAGAAAUUACCAUCUGGGGAGUCAAUAUACACGUUAAAGGUAAGGAUGACAUCCAUAGCAAAUCAACUGGCCCGUCAGCAGAAAAGGGAAGAAGGCAUUGGUACCAACGAGCUUGCAGUGAAGUUCUCCAAGCAGGAUUAUGAGACUCUGCGGCAGCAGUGUCUGAAGAGUGGACGUCUGUUUGAGGACCCCUGCUUUCCAGCUGACGGCAAAUCUCUGGGCUACAAUGAGCUGGGACCAUACUCAUCCAAGACCAGGGGCAUUGUUUGGAAGAGGCCAAAGGAGCUGUGCUCAGACCCAAAGUUCAUUGAUGAUGGAGCCACAAGGAUGGACAUUUGCCAAGGAGUUUUGGGUGAUUGCUGGCUUCUGGCUGCAAUAGCCUCUCUGACUCUAGACCAGGACAUCCUGGCUCGUGUGGUGCCCCCUGGACAGAGUUUCACCGACGGUUAUGCUGGAAUAUUUCACUUCCAGUUCUGGCAAUUCGGUGAGUGGGUUGAUGUGGUGGUUGAUGACCGUUUGCCCACAAGAGAUGGAAAGCUGCUGUUUGUUCACUCACUGGAGGCCUCAGAGUUCUGGAGCGCACUGCUGGAGAAGGCCUAUGCUAAAGUGCAAGGCUGCUAUGAGGCCCUGUCAGGUGGAAACACUAUAGAGGGUUUUGAAGAUUUUACAGGAGGAAUUUCAGAAGUAUACAGUUUAGACAAGGCUCCACCAAAUCUCUUCCUAAUUAUGAAGAAGGCCCUGUGCCUGGGUUCACUGCUGGGCUGUUCUAUUGAUAUCACCAGUGCCUCUGAGACAGAAGCAGUUACAGGUCUCAAACUUGUCAAAGGACAUGCAUACUCAGUCACUGGUGUAGAAGAGGUUCACUCUAAAGGCAAACUGGUUGAGCUGGUUCGCAUCAGAAACCCUUGGGGUCAGGUGGAGUGGACUGGGCCUUGGAGUGAUGGAUCCAGUGAAUGGAAAAGCAUCAGUGUGGAUGAGAAAUCAAGGCUGAACCAGGUGGCUGAAGAUGGAGAGUUCUGGAUGGCCUAUUCAGACUUCAUCAGGCAGUUCUCUAAGCUGGAGAUCUGUAACUUGACCCCAGACACGCUCACGAGUGACGAUAUAGGCCGCUGGAACUACUACCAGUUCGACGGGACAUGGAGGGUCGGCUCCACUGCUGGCGGCUGCCUCAAUAACCGAGCCACAUUCCCGUCCAACCCUCAGUUUAUGUUGCGUCUGGAGGAUGUGGAUGAUAAUCCCCUGGAUGGGAAGGAUGGGUGCACCUUUCUGGUGGGGCUCAUGCAAAAGGAUGGACGACAGCAAAAGAGGCUUGACCGCAACCUUGAGACCAUUGGCUUUGCCAUUUAUCAGGUCCCAAAUCAGUACAAAGGCUCCAGCAAUGUUCACUUAGGUCCAGACGUCCUGCUGCGACAGAGAGCUGUGGCCAUGAGUAGCUCCUUCAUCAACACGCGGGAAGUGUGCGACCGCUUCAAACUUCCUCCAGGAGAAUAUGUCAUAAUUCCCUCAACCUUCCAGCCUCACAAGAAUGGCAGCUUCAUUCUCAGGGUGUUCACAGAGAAGAAGGCUGAAACCAGUGCAAAUGGGGGGGUCAUUGGUGCUAAAAUAAAGGAGGUGAAGGUAUCUGCGAAUGAUGUGGAUCCUCAAUUCAAACAACUCUUCAAGCAGAUUGCUGGCAAUGACAUGGAGGUAUCUGUCUUUGAACUGGUUGACAUUUUGAACAACAUCAUCUCUCGCCGGACUGAUAUCAAGGCAAAUGGCUUCAGCCUUGAGACAUGCCGCCUUAUUGUCAGUCUCCUGGAUAAAGAUGACAGUGGCACGUUGGGACUGAUGGAAUUCCAUAUAUUUUGGAGCAAACUCGAGAAAUACCUGGAGAUCUUCAAGAAGUAUGACACGGACAACUCUGGCACCAUGAGCUCCCACGAGAUGAGAGGCGCCGCCACUGAAGCAGGUUUCAGCAUCAACAGUGCUGUGCUACAGGCCAUUGUCAGUCGUUAUGCUGACGCUCAAUAUGCCAUUGAGUUUGACAGCUUUGUGGGCUGUCUCAUUAAACUGGAAAUGCUCUUCAAAAUGUUUAAGGCUCUGGAAAAAGCUGGAUCAGGGAAGAUUGAGCUGGAUAUCCAACAGUGGUUGUGCCUGGCGAUCUACUAACUCUGGAGACAUGACAAGCAAGGACGCCUGUGUGAUAUCUGCUGGAAGAGAAGCUCAAUCAAACAGUAAUAGUUUAAUUUCAUUCACAAAAACCAAGUAAACCCAGUGAAAAAAACAUUUCAUGUGCACU